AUGAACCACACAGCUUUGGUUUUAAGGAGACAUUUUCAUUUCACAACAUUAGCUGUUUUUCCCACAAGAUCUUUACGGUACAAAUGUUUUACAAACCUCGAAAAAUAGCAGUUAAAAGUAAGAAGUAGUCAUUUUUUAUCUUUAAAUCCCCUAAAGAGGUCUAAAAUUGCUUCAAUUCGUUCUAAAGUGAAAACAAACGAUCCUUUUAAUGCUGACUUUUUUGUUACCGCACACAGUAUUAACCUGGGCAUCCCAACACAUCACAACACAAUCUGCAUUUAAAACAAGACUUGAAACGAAAAUCAGUGAAAGAUCAUAAAAAAGUGUUUUCCUCUUAAACCUGGGCUAAACCACAUUUAAGAAAAACGGGGGUGCAGCCAAUAUUCGCGCGCAAGCUCUUGAUUUAAGCAGAUAUUUGUCAGUGUUUAAAUACGUGUUUUUUAUUUUUGCUGUUAUAAGAGAAACGUGUGAUAAUUUGAUGGCGUUGUGUUGAAAUCUACAGCAGUUAUGUAAAAAGCUCGUCCGCGCCUCCCCUUCCUGCCGGAGAAGAAUGGUCUAUUCAGGAAGCUUGUUUCGCUGUUUGUGAAAAAAAAAAAACCGUAAACAAACGAGCUUUCUACUUCCACUGAAGCGCCUGCUGUCACCUUCCUUUAGAAAUAUCUGUAGCUGUAGACAAAAGAAAAAAUUAACAAAAAAAGAAGACUAUUAGAAUCUUCGGUUAUAGUGACGCCUCGGUGUUGCUUGUUGUUGGAGUAGACUUAGUUGCGUCCGGCGGAGGACGGUUUGACUGCAGCCACUCCAUCUGCUGCAGCGCCCUCUUCACUAAUACACCAUGUCUGAUUUCAUCCUGCUGCUGCUGAUCUUCGUCCUCCUGCUGUGUCUGCUCGUGACAGUCGGGGGGCUGCUGGUGUACUCGGGGCUGCUGUCAGACGUGGUGGUGAAGACGGGGCCCCCUCCUGUCCCCAGUGUCACCAUCGCCUACAAGUUCAAGCGGGGCUCCUACAAGGACAGUGGUGCGGGCUACACGGAGAGCUGCAGCAUCGGCCCAAAGCUGAAGUCCAUCGGGAUUUUUUACGAUGAUCCUAAGGAGAGGCCACCAGAGAAAUGCCGCUAUGUGGUGGGCAGCAUUCUUUGCGAGGGUGACGAGAAGCCAGAUGAAGAACUGGUGAAGCUCUAUGAAAAGUUUGGCUUCACCGUGUUUUCGCUGCCGGAAGUUAACCACGCUGUGACGACCAGCUUCCCCUGCACCACUCAUCUGUCCCACGUCUUGGGUCCCUACAGGGUCUACUCAAGACUUAGUUCCUACAUUGAGGAGAGAAAACUUUGUGCCUUCCCAACCGUUGAAAUCUACACCUCGGAUGCCAUCCAUUAUAUGGUCCCGCUGUCCCGCCAGACGCACUUCUAUGUGCCAGAAAUCAAAGAGGAGUUUAAAACAGAUGUGAAAGAAGAGGACUCGGAUGAGGAUAGAGGAACCGAUAUAACAGGUGCAGAUUCCCACAGUGAUGUGAGCUCGGUGAGUGGCGGCGUGCCAUGGGACAGCAGAGAGACGUCCCUGGCAGCGUCCACGGCUGCCUCGCUGGCCUCCUCUCUGCCCCUGAGGGAUGUAAUGGAUGCAAACGAAGACACUAAAAACAGAGACCUCAGCAACAGAGACUCAGACGAGUCUAUGGGCAGCGGCUCAUCCUUUGAAGAGCUUGACAUGGAACAGGACGGGGGGGUAGAGAAGGAAAGCAGGCAGGAGGAGGAGGAGGAGGAGGAGGGGAUCCCUGAGGGUGAAGGUGGAAAUAAAGAAGAAGAAGAAGAGGAAGAGGAAAUGGUGGCCAACAAAGAGGAACCCUUGGGACAGGGUGAGGAGUAGGACAGAUGCUGAAGAGAUGGGGGAUGCAAGUGUGCAACAAUGGCGUUCCAGAGAGUUUUUCCACUGUGCUGUGGUUGGUUAUCAGUCCGUCAGUCAUACAAACCAUUCAUGCCAUGACAUCCGAGUCAUAUUUCCACACCUUCUUAAUUGUAGUUUUAAGCCUUCACGUUUUCUUUAAUCACAAUCUCUGCUUUUAGAAAUAAUCCACAGGUAAACCUUUCAGGGUAAAGCAGCAAUAGGUUAAUUAGAGCACAAUUUGCCUUUAAUUGGAGGAAAGAUGCAUCUAACUGACAGGGACACCUUGUUCCCUGAAACCAACCAGCAAUAUUUGUUUAUUUUGACAAUUUGGAAUUUUUCUCCAGGGUCUUGCUCUGAAAAAAAAUCCGCCUGUGUGUGUGAGCUCUGCCCGAAAUAAGUGUAUUGAUCUGUUGUAGAAAAAAAAAAAAGAAAAAUGUGCAGGAGCUGCCGCUGUUGUAAAGAUUGGAUGGACCUGCAUCUUUGAGUUUUUGAAAUGUGAAACAGCUCAACAUCACCUCCACCUGAACUAUGGCUUUUUAUGAAACACAAACAUUUUCCUAUGAAGACUGCACUCUGUGCUCAGAUGAUUGCUUUUUCAUGUCAUAUUUUCUUUCCUUUAGUUUGUUACUCUUUACUUAUUUCUCCUGUUAAGACCAAUAUUCACUUGAUGGACUUCUGUGGACAAUUUGUGACCUAUUUGUGGGCUGACAUGAUUGAUAUUGGACAUGUAGAAACAUAUAGUACAUUGUUUGUGUCUCUGUGUGGAAUAAAAUUUGCAAAUGGGAA